CAGGAGAGACUGAAGAGUGUGCAUCCAAAAAGUCCAACCAAGGAAGGGCCCAUCCAUGCUUUUGAUGCUGUUGGUGAUAUUAAUUGCUGUGAUCAUAAGCUCAAUAGCACACUUCGCCACUUUUUCUCAAUCUCAAAAGCAUCGAACAUCUUGAACCUCUCCUCAACGAUAAGAAAAAUCCACAACCCCCACACAAUACCCAAUCAAUCCCAUUGUUCUUCCCGUCCACAUCUCCCCCAAUCAAACUCUCCCAUUUCUCACUCCUCACAUCCACAAAACCAACCACCCAUUAACACUCUCUUCUCUCAGUCAACUUCUCUGUUUACCAUUGAAACUUGAACACCACCACCAAUAACAACAAUGGCUUCUGCCACCACACCCACCACCUUCUCUCUCCUCCAAACCACCACCGCCUCCACCUCCCGCACCCGCUCUUCUCUCUCCCAUGUCUCCUUACCCUCUUCUCUCAAACCCACCACUCUCCGCCGCCUCGGCUUCUCCGCAGCCGAUCCCCUCUUCGCUCUUCAGGUAGCUUCCAAAGUUCGAUCCUUUGGCUCCGGCAAAGCGGUUAGAGGCGUUGUGUCAAUGGCGAAGAGGAGCGUUGGAGACCUAUCAGCUGCUGACUUGAAGGGGAAGAAGGUGUUUGUCAGGGCUGACUUGAAUGUGCCUUUGGAUGACAGCCAGAACAUCACUGAUGAUACUAGAAUUCGCGCUGCUAUUCCCACCAUUAAGCAUUUGAUUGAGAAAGGGGCUAAAGUCAUUCUUUCCAGUCAUUUGGGACGACCAAAAGGUGUGACCCCAAAAUUUAGCUUGGCACCUCUUGUACCUCGGCUAUCUGAACUUCUUGGGAUUCAGGUUGUGAAGGCUGAGGACUCCAUUGGUCCAGAAGUAGAAAAGUUGGUGGCUUCACUUCCUGAUGGCGGUGUUCUUCUUCUUGAAAAUGUGAGGUUUUACAAGGAGGAAGAGAAGAAUGAUCCUGAGCAUGCAAAGAAGCUUGCCUCCUUAGCAGAUCUUUAUGUCAAUGAUGCAUUCGGUACUGCCCAUAGAGCUCACGCCUCAACUGAGGGGGUCACAAAAUUCUUGAGGCCAUCUGUAGCUGGUUUCCUUUUGCAGAAGGAACUCGACUAUCUUGUUGGGGCAGUAUCAAGUCCAAAAAGACCAUUUGCAGCCAUUGUUGGUGGUUCAAAGGUCUCAUCCAAGAUUGGGGUGAUUGAGUCACUUCUAGAGAAGGUUGAUAUCUUACUUCUUGGUGGCGGAAUGAUUUUCACAUUUUACAAGGCACAGGGUCUCUCAGUCGGUUCAUCUCUGGUAGAAGAAGACAAACUAGAACUUGCUACAUCACUCAUUGCGAAGGCCAAGGCAAAAGGAGUGUCUCUUUUGUUACCCACUGAUGUUGUAAUUGCAGACAAGUUUGCUCCUGAUGCAAACAGCAAGAUUGUUCCAGCUUCAAGCAUCCCUGAUGGGUGGAUGGGAUUGGAUAUUGGUCCAGACUCUAUUAAGACAUUCAAUGAUGCACUGGAUACCACUCAAACCAUCAUUUGGAACGGACCAAUGGGAGUAUUUGAGUUUGACAAGUUUGCAGAAGGAACAGAGUCUGUUGCAAAGAAGCUUGCAGAACUUAGUGGGAAGGGAGUGACAACAAUCAUUGGAGGUGGAGAUUCUGUUGCUGCAGUGGAGAAGGUAGGAGUUGCGAGUGUGAUGAGCCACAUAUCGACUGGUGGUGGUGCUAGUUUGGAGUUGUUGGAAGGUAAACAACUUCCUGGUGUACUCGCUCUCGACGAAGCCACACCAGUUCCCGUGUAAGAACACAUUUUUUUCUCUGUAUUCUUUACCUGCCCACCGUGUCGGUGUUUCAUUUGAGUCUGUAAGCGAGAGAUGACAUGUUGUAGGAAGAUACGAGUUCUUGUUGUAAAUGUUCAAUGUUACCUUCGAUAUAAGGUCCCAAUGUCUCUGUAUUCCUUGCAUCCUACAAAAAAAUUUCCAUAAGAGAUUG